UGGACCCUGACUCACUCAAACACUGAACUACAGUGCACUGACAGACAGACAGAGGACAGAGGGACAGAGGAAAGAGGAAGAGAGAGCAACCUGUGAAAGAAAAUCAACAAAGCGAAAGAAAGCCAAGAAAGAAACGAAGAAAGAUAAGGAAGAAGAGUGAGAGGAAAGUCCCGUGUGCUGUCGCACUGAAACUGACCAACCCCACCUACCCACCACCCUUACACACCGGUGUCCGUCAAUCUAUUCGUCUUGUGUUCCCCUUCUGUCAGCAGUAGAGAACACAUAGCUAGUCCAACAGCCAGUCAGUGUGUCAGUCACUCAGUGUUACAGUGGGUGUUUGUCAGUGAAGAAAGUCCACCUUAUCACACUCAGUAAAAAGUCUGUUUUGUCAAUUUGUUGAUUAGUUGGUCCGUUGGAGUCCUCAUCCCUCAGUGCUUCAGUCAGCACUCGAGAACCAAAAUCUUUAAACCCAACUGUCAAAGUAGCUGUCGCCAUGGCCCCCAAGAAGAAGGCCAAUCGUACAAAGAUUGCCAUGGAGCCAGUUGUCACCCAGGUGACCACUGUUACCACUCAGAUGGCAGGAGGAGUGGUGGUGGUGGAGGGCGUGAAGAAGAUCGAGGAGAUGGCCGCACUGGAUAUCGUGCAGCUCAACCACCUCAACCUCCCACUGCCCCCUCCCAUCAUCAAGCCCGGAGAAAAGGGCCUGGGUCUGGGCUGUGAGGUUACCCGCCCCCUCCACGGCAAUGCCCUGCUGGAGGAGCUGAGCCGCAUGCGCCAGGAGCGCUUCCUCACCGACCUGGAGCUGGCCUGUAAGACCAAGGCCUUCGACGUGCACAAACUGGUCAUUUCUUCCGUCAGCCAGUACUUCCGGGAGGUCCUGGCCAAGGACCCUGGAAUGAAGCGUCUAGAGCUGCCCUCACUCUCCCCCCUCGGCCUGGCCAACGUGAUCACCUUUGCCUACCUGGGCCGCGUCCACAUGUCCCUGUACACCAUCGGCUGUACUGUGUCAGCUGCUGCCACCCUCCAGAUCCCCCAGCUGCUCCAGAUGUGCAUGGACUUCCUGCUGGCUGAGAUGAACGUGCAGACGUGCGUGUACGUGUGGAACAUCUCCGCCGCCUACGGCCUGAUUCCCGUGCGCGAUGCAGCCCGCCGCUUUGUGCUGGAGAACUUUGUCGCGUUCACCGAGACACCCCUGUUCAACCAGCUGACCCUGGAACAGAUCACAGCCUUCCUCCAGGAGGACAGCCUGCUUCUGCCAUCUGAAGUCACCGCCUUCCAGUUGGCCAUGAAGUGGCUGGACUUCGACCCCAAGCGCCAGGUGCACGCCACCGAGCUGCUGUCCCACGUGCGCUUUGAGACCAUCCCCGCCAGCGAGCUGGUCAGCGAGAUCCAGCCCGUGGCGAGGAUGAUGAUGGACCCUCACUGCCACCGCUUGCUGGUGGACGCCAUGAACUACCACCUGCUACCCCACCAACAGAACACGCUGCAGUCUCGUCGCACGCAGGUGCGUGGCGGACAGUCCACCCUGCUGACUAUUGGGGGGCGUCCCUCCAUCACCGAGCGGGCACUGAGCAGAGUGGUGCUGUGGAGAGACCCACGUGAGGGUGUGGCCACCUGGCGCCACCUAUCCCAGCUGCCCGCUAAGAGCUUCAACCAGUGUGUGGCUGUGAUGGAUGGCUUCCUGUACGUGGCCGGAGGAGAGGAUCAGAACGAUGCACGAAACCAGGCCAAGCACGCUGUCAGCACCCUCAGCAGGUACGACCCUCGCUUCAACACGUGGCUGCAUCUGGCUAGCAUGCGCCAGCGCCGCACCCACUUCAGCCUGGUGGCCACCAGCGGGCGCCUGUACGCCAUUGGCGGCCGCAACGUGGAGGGCCUGCUGGCCACCACCGAGAGCUACCUGCCCUCCUCCAACACCUGGCAGCUCAAGACGCCCAUGGAGGUGCCACGCUGCUGCCACGCCAGCGCCGUGCUGCCCUCCGGAGACAUCCUGGUGACCGGCGGCUACAUCAACUGCGCCUACUCUCGCUCCGUGGCCUGCUACAACAUUGAGACGGACAGUUGGAGUGAGAAGGCCAGCCUGGAGACACCCCGAGGCUGGCACUGCUCCUCCACCUUGGGAGGGAAGGUGUACGUGGUGGGUGGUAGCCAGCUGGGCCCCAGCGGAGACCGUGUGGACGUCCUGUCCAUGGAGGUGUUCUCCCCGGAGAACGGUGAGUGGAGCCGGGCCUCCCCCCUGCCCCUGGGCGUGAGCACAGCAGGCCUGUCACCGCUCGGGGAACAGCUGUACCUGCUGGGUGGCUGGAACGAGGCCGAGAAGCGCUACAAGGCGGCUGUGCAGAAGUAUACCCCAGCAACCGACAGCUGGUCCAUGGCGGAGAAUCUGCCCGAGGCCACUGUGGGUGUGUCCUGCUGCACCCUGACCCUCCCACCCCGCCACGCCCCCCGCAGGCAACAGCACCACAACACCCCAGCAACCAAGGAGGAGCAGCUACAGCCACAGAGAAAGAGCAGUGAGGCCCCACAGCCCAUCACUGCCUGAGAGCAAGAUUUAAAAAAAAAAAAAAAAAAGGGAGAGAGAAGGAAGAUGGAAGGGAGGAGUGAUAGAGAGGUGGAGGAGAGAAGAGAGCUGUAGAUAGAGGAACAGAGCAGGAAAGGAAGGAACAUGAAAGAUGGAAGGAAGAGUGAAUAAUUAUGAACUCUUUUAGUGGUAUGAUAACAGUACAUUAGGGAGUUCAAUAAAAUGGGGCCUAUAUGGUUGUUGAAUGUGAAUAUGACUAAAUUAAAUCAAUUUGCAGUAUGUGUACAAUAUGUAUUGCAGUUAGUAAUGUGGAA